AUGUCUUCCUCCGCGAGCUCUAAACCCCGUGUCAUCCUGGGCCUGAUGACAUUCGGCCCUGACCCAAAUGUCGGUGCACGAGUGACUUCUCUGCAGGAGUUUGGACGAUGUCUGGAUCAUCUCAAGGGCUACGGAUACAGUGAAGUUGAUACCGCGCGCAUGUAUCUUGGGGAAAAACAGGAAGAGUUCACUGCAGCAGUUGGGUGGAAAGAGCGCGGACUAAGUCUUGCAACAAAGGUCUAUCCCACCAGUCCUGGUGUCCACAAGCCCGAGAACUUGCGCAAGAAGGUGGACGAAUCGCUGGGGGCUUUGCAGACGGAUCAAGUGGAUAUCUUCUAUCUGCAUGCUGCUGAUCGAUCUGUGCCAUUCGCCGAGACCUUGGAGGAGGUGAAUAAACUAUACCAGGAGGGAAAGUUCAAGCGGCUGGGACUGAGCAAUUAUACCUCGUUCGAAGUUGCAGAGAUUAUCAUCAUGUGCACAGAGAGAGGCUGGGUACGCCCGUCAAUCUACCAGGCCAUGUACAACGCUAUCACACGAAACAUCGAACAAGAGCUUAUCCCCUGCUGCCACCGCUACGGACUUGAAUUCGUUGUUUAUAACCCUCUUGCUGGUGGAAUUCUCUCUGGAAAAUACAAGCCAAGCACAGAGAAGGAAAUUCCCCAGGAGGGUCGAUUCAGCGACAAGAACACCACGGGGGAGUUGUAUCGCCAGCGUUACAUGAAUCUGCCUGUGUUGGAUGCAAUCCAUACAAUCGUCAAGCCAGUUGCCGAUAAACACAAUCUGACCUUGCCUGAGGUCGCUUUCAGAUGGCUCAAUCAUCAUUCGAAGCUUCGGCUGGGACGUGACGGUAUCUUGAUUGGGGUCAGCAGUGUUUACCAGCUCGAUGCGAAUAUCGAAGCAAUUCAAAAGGAUGCUCUCCCGGAAGAGAUGAUCAGUGCUUUGGACGCAGCAUGGAUGGCUGUUAAGGCGGCAUCGCCGCCCUAUUGGCAUCUUGAUCUGAACUAUACCUAUGACACCGAAGCUGCGUUGUUCAGAAGAUAG